CGCAGUUGACACGAAUCGCGCGCGACUCGCUCUAAGUGUUUUCCAGCAGGAGCAGAAAUCCUGAAGCUGAAGCCAAAAGCCCCAGCAGGACAUCAGCUGAGGCAGCAAAAAGGAUUCUAGCUGCAGUAUAGUGGUUAUUUGUGCAGUGUGCUAACCUAAAAGCAAGCAGUUCUCAGACUGCAACUAACUAAAACGAGACAAGUGCAAAGCUUUAAGGAUAAUAAAACCGGAAACGAUCGCUCGUCACAUGAGCUCCAGUGGCGCUGGCCCAGAUAUUCGGCAAAAAUAAAUUUGCACUUGGACAGGCGGCAGACAAACAAUGAUAAUUAGUUUGUUCGGUCCGGCAACAAAUAGCUGUGCAAUAGAAAUUAAUUAGAAAAUAUUUCGCGUUACACAGCCGCAAUUUGUCAAGGGAAGCGCACAAAAGUGCGCUACACAUUUGGUGCUUGCGGUCCUUCGCUCGAUUUCUAAUUAGAGAGCUCGAAAAUAAACUGGAAAACUGGAAAUUAAACAAAGCGGCAAAGCGACUAUGCAAAGUAUGUUGGCGCUUAACCAAAUGAAAACUUAAACGGGCAAAAGUAAAACAAAAAAACAAACAAAAAACGGAACAGCACUUUGCAACAGCUCUACAGCUCCAGUAAAUUUAAUAACAAAGCCGGCGAAAAUAGAGGAGAACUCCGGAACCUAGAAACUCCACAUCAUACGCGCCGAGCGCGGAACAAUGAAAAUAAUUUCGCGCAGCAUACGUACAGGCGCCUUGGCCCCGCCCACCACUGCCCACGCCAGCGGGCUCAGGAAAAGCAGCCAGCGACGCAACCGCGCUCCGCUCCAAAUGAAUUGCCCCAUUCUGAUUGUAAUUAGCCUCGGAUGGCUGCUGCACGCGCACGCCGGAAGCGGCGGGUUCGCCGUCGAGGCCGCCAUUUCAAAUCGAGGCAGCAACAGCCGCUCGAUGAGCAACGUGCAACAGUCGGCGGUGGCCCCCUCCACGCUGACCGCCACCCUGCCCCGCUUCCUGUCCAGAGGACACACCUACCGCGCCGUCGUCGGGGACACGCUGGUCCUGCCCUGCCAGGUGGAGAAUCUGGGCAAUUUCGUCCUUCUGUGGCGACGGGGAACAAAUGUGCUCACUGCCUCCAACAUUAUGGUUACAAGGGAUGAGCGCGUAAGACUGAUAGAUGGUUAUAAUUUAGAGAUAUCCGAUUUGGAGCCUCAAGACGCCGGGGAUUAUGUUUGUCAAAUCAGUGACAAAAUAAAUCGUGAUCAAGUGCACACAGUUGAGAUAUUGGUUCCGCCCAGUGUACGGGCCAUCCCAACAUCCGGACAACUGCAGGCCCGCAAAGGAGGACCCAUUACGCUGGAGUGCAAGGGAUCUGGUAAUCCGGUGCCAUCCAUUUACUGGACCAAGAAGAGCGGCGCAAACAAGUCGACGGCCAGGAUCGGAGACGGACCCAUUUUGACCCUGGAGAAGCUCGAGCGCCAGCAAGCGGGAGUCUACCAGUGCACCGCCGACAACGGAGUGGGUGACCCGGUCACAGUGGAUAUGCGGCUGGAUGUGUUGUAUCCCCCGGAUAUACAAGUGGAGAAAUCCUGGAUACACUCGGGCGAAGGAUUCGAGGCGAAGCUCGUUUGCAUUGUUUUCGCUGAUCCAGUCGCAACGGUGUCCUGGUACCAAAACUCAUUUCCGAUCCAAUCGACGGACAGGCGCAUCAUGGCCACCAGAGCCAACCGGCACAUGCUCACCAUCCGCCACAUCCAGCAGGAGGACUUUGGCAACUACAGCUGCGUGGCGGACAAUUCGCUGGGACGCUCCCGCAAAUACAUGGAGCUCUCCGGACGCCCCGGAGCCGCCGAGUUCUAUUCGCCCAAGUGGGGUCGUUCGCCGGACAGCUACAAUCUGACCUGGAAAAUCGAUAGCUACCCGCCGCUGGAGGAGGUCCGCCUACUUUACCGUCGAGUGCAGAUGAAUGAGACGUACCAGCAGCCGGGCAGGUGGCACGACUUCAUCCUCACCCCGGAGCACCGACCGGCUUCGGAGCCCCUCACACACAUCAUGUCCUACACCAUAAAGAAUCUGCAUCCGGGCGGUUACUACGAGGCGAUUGUACAGGCCAAGAAUCGCUACGGCUGGAAUGAGGUCAGCGAUAUAUUUCAAUUUGUCGUCGCCACCAACAGCCAGGACAUUGGCCCCGAGGACGCCGAGGUGGUGGCCAGCUCCAAGUCGCGCAGCAAUAGUGCCUCCAUAGGCAGCCUGCCGGGAUCCACAGUUCUUCACACGGCGCUUCUGCUGGCCCUGGCCUUGAGUAAUUGUCAGUUCGACAGACGCCGACUGGGUCUGGGAUAAGCAGUUGAUGCGGCAGACGAUCGGGAUCAGGAUCCAAAUCAGGAGCAGCACAAGACAAGGGGAAUCACUCGCACUUGGAGAAGGAAGUUGCCGGGAAAGGGCGGUGGCAUAAAGUGUAUAGAAAUCCGGAAGUUAAAUAGAAGAUUUUAUUGUACACCUACCCUGUCAACCGAGAGAGCAAGUGAAUCCAGCCCAAAACUAAGCAACAAUGACGAAUGGAGAUUGCAAACCAAAAAGCUGAACGAAUAACCCAUGUAAAUAAUUUUUCAAGAGUUUUGUCCACGAUUAAAUUAGCACACACCCACUCACACAUACAGCCGGAAAAUGGUUAAUGGAAAUUGCAAUUGGAGGAGGCAAAUCCGAAUCCAAAUCCAACAUCCACCAUCCAAAGCCCACCCCCGUUCCAUUCCCAUGGUAGAAUAAGCAAGUCGAACUAGGUCAUGUAAAUAAGCAUUAGAUAUCUGAAUGUGAACUGCAUUUUACUUCAUAAAUGUUGGGCUGAUGCGGCCCGAUGUGCAGGAUGCGCAGGAUGUGUAUGUAAAUUAAGCAAACAUUAUAUAGUGAUAUUAUUUAGUUUCGAGCGAAAUCAUAAAUAACAAAAUAUUCGAGAUGAAAUAAAGCAGAGGGGGAAAGAGAACACACACACACCGCAAAAAUGUUAGUAUGUAAAGUAUUUGCCACGUUUCCGUUUCAUAUUCGAGUUCAUUUCAUUUCUAUUGCCACACUUUUUCGAUUGCAGUUGUAGUCUUAUUUUAGCCAGUAAGCGCACCCAUAACCAAAAAGGAUAACAACGUAACAGCAAUUCAAUGUAAUGUUUUUCGAUGUAAAUUAGAAUUUAAGCAAACGUGUUGUACCACCAAAAAGGAAGGCGAAAGGUCGAAACAUGAGCGACGCAAGUAAGCUAAUCCCCCACUCAAAAUCAGAAUCGAAAGCGAAAUCGGAAUAUUAUUCGGAGUAUUUGAAUGUGAAUCUUUGCAUACAUAUUAGCGGCACGUGGAUGUCACGCGUGUCAACCUGUAAAUAUACAUAAAUACGUGAAUAAUAUUGAGUGUUACGAACCCAGCAGGCAUUUUAUCAGCUUUUGCACCUUUCCAAUUGUACGAUUCCGAAUCCGUACUGUUUCAUUUAGGGCACACAAUAGAGGUCAAGGGUCACUUGUAUAUUUGAUAGGCCGCGGCCAACAACUCGAACUCGUACACAACUCCUGUACUUAGCAUGUCGAUCGAACGAGAGGCCAAAACCGGAAACGAAUUCAAAAAUGGGAAGUGUCGAGUCGCAUUGAAAACCAAGUAAAAGCGUUACAAUUUAUCUACAUAAAUGUGUAUGUGUGUGUACCUUACAUAGCCAGUUGAAUGCAGGAUGCAGGACGAACCGGAGGCAUAACUAACUUACAUAGAUGAGGAGGAUGAGGGGAUGAGGGGAUGAGGAGGGAUCCGAAAUGGAUCCAGCCUGAACCUAAAUACCAGUAUAAUUCAGAUUAAACAGAUAUAGCUAAGCACGUGACCGGUACGUGUUCAUAAAAAGUGAAUUCAUUAAUUACUAACUACAUAGUACGAUGCUAAUUGUAUGAUUAAUGCGCAUAAGAAACCCUAAAAUAUUCAAAAAUAAAAUAAAGCAUUAGAUGUAAACUAAA